AUGUCUCUUUCAUUUGAUCAUACGGUGCUACGAUCAACUGGAGAUGACGAAGAUAAGCUUGAGAAAGAGGAAUGGGUGCGGUACAUCUCCAAGGACCCCCUGGGACCCCACAUUCCCCUAGUGAGCCGAUACUCCUGGAGGGCGAAGGACCCUAGUCACCAGGAGAACAUGCCCCCUGGACCCCUCAUAUACGUCCGGUUCACCUACACCGGGACAGAGAUGACUCUCUGGCCAGACUGUAUAGCCGAACUAAGGAUCCUGCAGCAUGAUCAAAUGAAGUACCUGGGGUACCCGGAUAUAGCAUAUAAUUUCAUGAUCGGCGCUGACGGGACAGUGUAUGAGGGGAGGGGGUGGAACGUGGAGCCUACUCGACCUCCGGGGUUUGAGCCUCUGAAGGGGAAAUGCCUGGACAUUGGCUACAUCGGAGAAUUCAAAGAUCAACCUAUACCCUGGUUAAUGGUAAAUGCAGGAGUUGACCUUAUCAAGUAUGGAGUCAAGGGUAGAUUAAUCCAUCCUUUGUAUCAAACUAUCCAGUACAACGAAGACUCAAUAGUUACGUGAAGAUCUCCAAGCUCAAUUCACGUCU